CUAAAGACCUGUUAAUUUAGUAAGUCUCUAAUCAUUGACUUCUACCUUCUCUAGUCUUCUAUACACCAUUUGGUGAGAUAAAUGAUUUCACGUCUGUUGAAGAACUCAUCAUCUCUCUGAAGAAAAAAAUGGCAUCACAAUCUUCAAUCCAGUUCAUUGAUGCUGCACUCUUCUUCCCCACAACUUUCCCUCUGUCCUACAUAGACCCUGACCAGAAAUGGCUGAUCAGAUCACACCUCUUUUCCCUCCUCCAGAACUUCCCUUUCUUCCGCCCUUCGAUGGGUGCUUUCAUCCACAACGAUGGCGCAACCGCGAACCUCCUCAAUGCCACCGGUGACCUCCAGGUCUCCCGUUCGACCCCUCCGGUCCCCCUCACCAUCUGGCUCCAUGAGAACUAUCCUCACGUGGCGCCUAUUGUUCUUGUUUCAUCAAAUUCCAUGUACCCAAUCCAACGCGACAACCCGUUUGUUGAUCCCUCCGGUGCAACCACAUCCCCUUACCUCCAGAGUUGGUUCCAUCCGAAAUCGAACCUCUUUGACCUUGUCCACAACCUCGUUAAGAUAUUUUCCCACAACCACCCUUUGUUCCACAAUUCCAAUCUUUCCACCUUAUCCCACCCUUCUCUUGUUUCCAAAAUGGAGGCAAUGGACCGACUUUCGUGUACCCUUCACUACGACUUAAUGGCAUUUAGAGCCCAAAGCGACGAGGAAAUAGAGUCGUCAUCGGCCCUCCAGGGUGAAAUGACCAAGAGAGUGGACAUCACGAGAAACAUGAUCGUGGGGCUCGAGCACGAGAAAUCGAAGUUGAAGAGGAGAGUGAAGGAACUGACAGAGCAGGGGGAUGUGCUGAUGAACUGGUUGAGAGUUCAUAGCAGGAAAUGUGAUGAUGAGGGGGAAGAUGGGUUUGAAUGCGUGGAUGAGGCGUCGAAAGCAGUGCUUGAUUGCUUGGCAAAAGACAUGGCUUUGGAAGACUUGAUGUAUGCAUUGGACAAGGCAAUUGAACAAGGGGUUGUGCCUUUUGGGGCUUACAUUAGGCAAGUCAGAGUACUGGCCAGAGAGCAGUUCUCCCACAGGGCCAUGGUACAGAAACUGAAGGGGUCUUGAAAUUGCUUGUUCGGCCAGAUUGAUAGUAGUAUUAUGAAUGGACUUUACACUAAAUGUAGUUGUUUGACUAUUGGAUAGGAAUCAGUUUGCUUUGAAUCGCACGUAUUUUUUCGCAAAACAAUGUAGCAUGGUUGGUUCGGUGAACAAGACACUCUCUUGUCAGGUGCGGUACGUGCAUAUAAAUCUCUCUCGUGGUACAAACAAUUCCCCAUCAUUUUUUGAGUUUUUUUUCCCAUUUUAGCUCACCAAUUCAGUUGGGGUUGGAGUCUUAACGCCGCAAUCCGUCUCUUCUAUUAGGACUUUGGAAGAUUUUUUUUGGGUACUAAUCUAGAAAAAAAAAAAGGAAAAUAGCAAGAGAACAGUGUCCUGUUUUACGAAUUGAGAGUGUAGAAGCCAAAUGUUGAUUGGUUCUCUGUGAUUUGUAGCAAUAAUCUGUGCACUUAACUAAUGAGCACAGCCUGCCUCCUAAACAAG